AUGGUUUGGCACGGCGUUCAAGGCCUCGCCCGGGGAGGCAAAACGCGUACCAAGGAUAAGUACCGCGUGGUGUACUCGGACUAUCAGCGGCUGGAGCUGGAGAAGGAGUUCCAGGCGAACCGAUUCAUCACCAUCAGGCGCAAGUCCGAGCUCGCAUCGCACCUGGGCCUCUCCGAGAGACAGGUGAAGAUCUGGUUCCAGAACCGACGAGCGAAGGAACGGAAAGUGAAUAAGAAGAUGCAGCAGCAGCAGCAGCAGCAACAACAACAGCAGCAGCAGCAACCGCGCGUAUCGUCAGCCUCCCCAGAGAUCUCGUCGGGCAUGCCGACUCAUAGCAGCGGCGCAAACGUCGUGAGCAGCAGCAGCCUCAUCUCGGGAGGGGUUUCCCUGCAGUGAGAGCCAUCGGGGGGCAACCCACACGCAACGUCGGCCCGCCAACGUUGGCGCGACGUUGGCCCGCCAACGUUGGCGCGACGCUGGUCCACACCCGUUAGGUGCGCGUGGGGUGUACAUUGCGGUCCGCGUGUGAACGUGUGAGUGGCGUCUACGUCGUGCGUUUUGUGAUAUAUUAAAAAUAGUAAUGUAUAAGUUGGGCGGCAAUGCGUCUGUGUGUGUGUGUCAAAUCAAGAUUGUCUUUGUUGCUGUUGCUGUUGUUUCGUGCGCGUGGUUAGUCGAUCUUAAACCACCUGGGGGGGGGGGGGGGGUUGUGUUUCCCGUGAUCUCCUACCAGUACCUAGCCUGGCACCGGAGCUGCGGGUGACGUUGCCGUUGCUUGCAAGUCGGUUGUUGUUGUUGUUGAUGUUGUUGAUGUUGUUGUUAGAGCUGCGUGCGCGUUUGUGCGCGUGGUGGUAAGGGGGGGGGGGGAGAGCGGUUACCGCGUUGCGCUACGAACCCGGCCACCCGAGUUGGUUUUGGAUCUCCCCUAGGUCGACUCAGCCUCAAAUGUGUAUCUGGUGCGGUGUGGUGAGCAUCGACAGUGGGGAGACAAAGGCGGCUGAGCGUGGAGCUGGCCACCCCACCCGCUCGUGUACCGUGCCAGCCUUCGUAGGUGCUACUCGCUAACAGCACUUGCCCCUACAGUCAACGGGGGAUCUUUGUCUUUGGAAUCGUGUGUACGCGGGCAUGUCCACGUGUGUAAAUGUCUAUGCUGGUGGUGGUGUAUGCUUGCUUGCUAUGUAUUUGUCAGUGUGCAUAUGUGUGUGCCGGGUGGCUAAAGCACAGCAAGUUUACACAGUAGGGGGGCACAGGUGGUGCAUCAGCCAGUCAUCUCGGUCUUCUCAGUCAGUCGAUCCGUGGCACCUGCUGGGUCUGCCCCGUGACCUCCUGCCAGCGGGUGUUCGACACUUCACGUGGCCUCAAGGUGCACAUGGCCUGGCACGAGCGUCGUGGUGACGUCACCGCCACUUAGUGGCGAAUGGCGGUUGUUGUUGUUGUGUUGAAUCCCCCCCUUAACAUCGUACACAGAUGUGAAGCUUUCGUGACUGCAGGAAUGAAUCGAUCACGACGUUUCGAUGGCCACACAAGACACCGUUUUCCCACCUGAAGAUGUUUGCUUGUGCGGCGAUCGAAACGUCCUGAUUUAUUAUUAUUUUUUCUACCUUACGUGACUUCACCGAAAUAACCAAAUAGCAUCGUACACAGAGGCAAGCGGUAUCAGAACUCGUCCCUGGGGCUCCUCUAGGUCGACUCGGCCUUAAAUUAAUACCUGCUGCUGCUGCUACGAGCUGGCAUAAACAUAAACACUGGGGAUACAAACUCGUCUGGUGUGUGUCUGGUGUAUGUCUCUGUGUGUGUGUCUCUGUGUGUGUCUGUGUGUGUGUCUCUGUGUGUGUGUGUCUGUGUGUGUGUAUCUGUGUGUGUAUCUGUGUGUGUGUGUCUGUGUGUGUGUGUGUCUGGUGUGUGUGUUAGUGUGUCUCUGUGUGUGUCUGGUGUGUGUGUCUCUGUGUGUGUGUCUCUGUGUGUGUGUCUCUGUGUGUGUCUGUGUGUGUACAGAGUGGGGAGCGGUAGUGUAGCGGUUAGCGCUACGCUGCGCUACGAACCCAACGACACGGGUUCGAUUCCCGCCCACGGCCAACACCGGUGACGAUUAUCUGAACUAGUCUUGGGCCUCCCCUAGGUCGACUCGGCCUCAAAUAAGUACCCGGUGCGAUGUAUAGUUAACAUCGCCACUGGGCACCCACCCCCUCAUGUGCCGUGCCGGCCUUCAUAGGUGCUACUCGCUAACAGCACUUGCCCCAACAGUCUGUCCAGGCUACACGAGGGGGGGUGAUCUUUGUCUUUGUGUGGCGAGGCUGGUGUGUCCAGGCAGGCGCUACUCUGCAUCUUCUACAUCAGCCAAGAGGAGAAGGAGACCGCGUGUCUUCAGAACCCCCCCCCAACUUCGCCCCUUAGCUUCGCGUGCUUCUGUACACUUUGAGUAGAUACAAAGACAAAGAUCCCCCGUGUAGCCUGUAACGGACUGUUGGGGCAAGUGCUGUUAGCGAAUAGCACCUAUGAAGGCCGGAAUGGUACACGAGGGGGUGGGUGGCCAGCACCACGCCCGACCGCCUUUGUGUAUUGUGUAACGUGUUUACUUGAUUAAUUAUGUGUUGUGUAACGUGUUGUCUGUAUUACUUGUGUAUUGUGUAACAUGUUAUCUUUAUCGAUUGUGUGUUAUUUAACGUGUUAUUUUUAUUCAUUGUGUCUUGUGUAACGUGUUGUCUUUAUUAAGUAUGUGUUGUGUAACGUGUUGUCUUUAUUGAUUGUGUGUUAUACUUUUUAGUUUUAAACAGUCUGCAUCAGCAGCAGAACAUGCUUUCCCAACUGAUGACGGACGCUUCUGUUGCGCCCGAAACGUCGUGAUUUAAUUGAGUUGUUUUCAUUUUUUUUUACCUACGUGACUUUACCGAAAAAAACAAAGAGUAUGAAUCCUUGCAGUCACGAAAUCUUCAAAUCUAGAAUUAAUUGUGUAUUGUCUAAUGUGUUAUCUUUAUUAAUUGUGUACAGUUAUCUUCAUUAAUUAUGUUACCUAAUCAGUUGUGCAUUGGCUCGCGUGUUCCACAUUGCGUGAUUCAUUUAGAAUCGUUAAAUUCACCUUGCAUUGUCAAAAUUUAAUUCCGGUAGAGCUGACCAGGUGAGCUUGCUGAACUUGUAUUGCACUCUCGUGAGAUAUGAAGUCUUCUAUCUUAGAAAUCCAACGGUGCUGAUUGUUACUGACCGCUUGAAGUUUUUGGAUCUUUAGGGCGUUUGCUCAGCAAGUCGAGAUUUGCUAAAAAAAAAAGUACGAAAUAUGGGAGUUAGUUUGCGAUGUAUACAUUGUUCAUGGGUUGUUGUGGUGGUUGUGGUUGUGAUGAUGGUGGUUGUGAUGAUGGUGGUUGUGAUGAUGGUGGCAGGUUGUGGUGGCUGAAUUGGUCUCUAACUUAUGUGAAAACCCCCUAGCGAAUGUGUUACUUGUGUAGGUGUACGCAUUUCACCAAAUGACAGAGAGAAUAUAUCUGUGUAUAUAUAUAGAUUUUCCCGUACAGAUGUUAUCGCUUUUCACUCACAAUUGGUGUGCAAGCUACGUGUGUGUGUGUGUGCGUGCUCGUACGUGUAGCCUUCACAGGUGCUACUCGCUAACGGCACUUGCCCCAACAGUCUGUUAAAGCUACACGGGGGAUCUUUGUCUUCGUGCGUGUUGGGAGCGGUGGCGCAGCGGUUAGCGCAUUACGCAGAGAACGGUUCCCGGCCGAGUGGUAUCUGAAGCGAUAUUAGUCAGCGUUUCAACUCAACCUCGGGAAGACAAAGAGGGCCGGUCGUGGUUCUGGCAACACCACCUGCCGUGCGAUAUUUCUGGCCUAAUAGGUGCUCGCUAACAACGCUUUACACCACUCUAUGAGGCCAUGCUAAGGAUCUUCGUGUCGUGUGUGUGUGCCCGUGUAUGUGUGUACAUGUGAUUGUGCGUGUGUGUCCGUGUAUGUGUGUACAUGUGAUUGUGCGUGUGUGUGUGUGUAUGUGUGUAAAUGUGAUUGUGCGUGUGUGUGUGUGUCCGUGUAUGUGUGUACAUGUGAUUGUGCGUGUGUGUCCAUGUAUGUGUGUACAUGUGAUUGUGCGUGUGUGUGUGUGUAUGUGUGUAAAUGUGAUUGUGCGUGUGUGUGUGUGUGUGUCCGUGUAUGUGUGUACAUGUGAUUGUGUCUGUGUGUGUGACCGUGUAUGUGUGUACAUGUGAUUGUGCGUGUGUGUGUGUGUGUCCGUGUAUGUGUGUAAAUGUGAUUGUGUGUGUGUGUGCCCGUGUAUGUGUGUAAAUGUGAUUGUGCGUGUGUGUCCGUGUAUGUGUGUACAUGUGAUUGUGCGUGUGUGUGUGUGUAUGUGUGUAAAUGUGAUUGUGCGUGUGUGUGUGUGUCCGUGUAUGUGUGUACAUGUGAUUGUAUCUGUGUGUGUGACCGUGUAUGUGUGUACAUGUGAUUGUGCGUGUGUGUGUGUGUGUCCGUGUAUGUGUGUAAAUGUGAUUGUGUGUGUGUGUGCCCGUGUAUGUGUGUAAAUGUGAUUGUGCGUGUGUGUGUGUCCGUGUAUGUGUGUACAUGUGAUUGUGUGUGUGUGUCCGUGUAUGUGUGUACAUGUGAUUGUGUGUGUGUGCCCGUGUAUGUGUGUAAAUGUGAUUGUGUGUGUGUGUGUCCGUGUAUGUGUGUAAAUGUGAUUGUGCGUGUGUCUGUGUAUGUUCCCGUGUAUGUGUGUACAUGUGAUUGUGCGUGUGUGUGUGUCCGUGUAUGUGUGUAAAUGUGAUUGUGUGUGUGUGUGUGUGUGCCCGUGUAUGUGUGUAAAUGUGAUUGUGCGUGUGUGUCCGUGUAUGUGUGUACAUGUGAUUGUGCGUGUGUGUGUGUGUAUGUGUGUAAAUGUGAUUGUGCGUGUGUGUGUGUGUCCGUGUAUGUGUGUACAUGUGAUUGUAUCUGUGUGUGUGACCGUGUAUGUGUGUACAUGUGAUUGUGCGUGUGUGUGUGUGUGUCCGUGUAUGUGUGUAAAUGUGAUUGUGUGUGUGUGUGCCCGUGUAUGUGUGUAAAUGUGAUUGUGCGUGUGUGUGUGUCCGUGUAUGUGUGUACAUGUGAUUGUGUGUGUGUGUCCGUGUAUGUGUGUACAUGUGAUUGUGUGUGUGUGCCCGUGUAUGUGUGUAAAUGUGAUUGUGUGUGUGUGUGUCCGUGUAUGUGUGUAAAUGUGAUUGUGCGUGUGUCUGUGUAUGUUCCCGUGUAUGUGUGUACAUGUGAUUGUGCGUGUGUGUGUGUCCGUGUAUGUGUGUAAAUGUGAUUGUGUGUGUGUGUGUGUGUGCCCGUGUAUGUGUGUAAAUGUGAUUGUGCGUGCGUGUGUGUGUGUCUUUUGUGUACUGUGUUUGUGGGUCGGCUAAUAUGCAUGUUCAUGUGUGUGUGUGUUUUGUAUAUGUAUGUGUGCGUAUGUGCAUGUGCGUCUUUUUUUUAGGGGUAUGUGAGCGUGUGGUCAGGUCGAAUCAGCCUCAAAUGAGUACCUGGUGCGGUGUGUAAACAUCGCCACUGGGGAGACAAAGGCGGCCGGGCGUGGUGCUGGCCACCCACCCCCUAGGUGAUCGCUAACAGCACUUGCCCCAAUCGUCUGCGAAGGCUACACGAAGGAUCUUUGUCUUUGUUUGUGUAUGUGCAAACUUGCGGUUUUUUUGUAUGCAUGCUCACGUGUACGUGAGUGUACGUAUGGGUGCGUUCGUGUGCGUGUGCGUGUAUCUUUGGGUCUAUAAUUUACGCGACAAUUAUCCGGACGUCAAUUUUGAUCGUGAAUUAGAACGUGUACAAUGCAAUUGUGCGUGCGUGUAUUCUGACACAAGUCUUAUACAUAAUACAGACGUACAUGGGUUUGGGUGGGUGGUGCCGUUGCUUUCGCGAGACACAAAUUAAAUGAACGCGUGUCACCGAAUCGCGUGCAGGAUGCACAAUUGCGUCGCGGGGAUUUUUUUUCGUUCACAAUUGCAUCGUUCCCCGACCGCGUGUCUCGCCUCUCGCUACACACGAAUCUGCUUCCAAGUGGUCCGAUGCAACACCGCACGGCAAGGCCCUAGCCAUGGAGUCAACAUUGGGGGGGGGACCAAAUCUUCCACGGGGUCUGGAGGUCCGUCCGUCCGUGGUCCCCCCCCCCCCCUAGAAAAAAAUCUUAACGUGUCUCCAAUGCGUCUCCGUGUAUCGCUAUGAGUGUGUGUAGGUCUUCAUGUGUCAUCUGUGUGCGACUCUAUGAGUCUCCGUGGCAAGGCAGUAAGCAAUGGAGUUGACAUUGGGGGGGACCAAAUCUUCCACGGGGGGUCUGGGGGUCUCCCCCCCCCGCCCCAGAAAAAAAAAUCAAAAUUUGAAAACGAAUUUCCUGCCUAAAAUAUAAAAAUAAUUCAUUAACACAUAGGCUUGACUUUUAUUUUAUUUUUUGCAAUAAUGUCUAAUAGUGUAUGGUAUUACACAGCUGUUAUUUUCUUUUUUACCUUUUCUUGUUUCAUUGUAUGUAAUAGCAGAGAUUAGGCAUUAAUAAAGUACAACCAUAACCACAAUCAUAUAAACAGAAAUUUAUUUUAUAGCAAUAUAUUGUGUGUGUGUGUG